GAAACUAGUGCCAGGAAGGCAUAUUCUUCAAUAUUCGGCCUAGGCACGCUUUCGAGACAAUGGCGUCAAAGGUCUCCUGUUUAUACGUGUUGACAGUCGUGUGCUGGGCCAGCGCUCUCUGGUACUUGAGUAUAACUCGUCCUACUUCCUCCUACACAGGCUCCAAGCCCUUCAGCCACCUAACAGUUGCCAGGAAAAAUCUCACCUUUGGCAACAUAAGAACUCGACCUAUAAACCCACAUUCUUUUGAAUUUAUAAUAAAUGAGCCCAACAAAUGUGAGAAGAACAUUCCUUUUCUUGUUAUCCUCAUCAGCACCACCCACAAGGAAUUUGAUGCCCGCCAGGCAAUCCGCGAGACGUGGGGGGUCGAGAACAACUUUAAAGGGAUCAGGAUAGCCACGGUCUUCCUCCUGGGCAAGAACGCUGAUCCCGUCCUGAACCAGAUGGUGGAGCAAGAGAGCCAAAUCUUCCACGACAUCAUCGUGGAGGACUUCAUUGACUCCUACCAUAACCUUACCCUCAAAACAUUGAUGGGGAUGAGAUGGGUGGCCACUUUUUGUUCAAAAGCCAAGUAUGUCAUGAAAACAGACAGUGACAUUUUUGUAAAUAUGGACAACCUUAUUUAUAAACUACUGAAACCCUCCACCAAGCCAAGAAGAAGGUAUUUUACUGGCUAUGUCAUCAACGGAGGGCCCAUCCGGGAUGUCCGCAGUAAGUGGUAUAUGCCCAGGGACUUGUACCCUGACAGUAACUACCCCCCUUUCUGUUCGGGGACCGGCUAUAUCUUUUCAGCCGAUGUGGCAGAACUCAUUUACAAGACCUCACUCCACACAAGAUUGCUUCAUCUCGAAGACGUGUAUGUGGGACUGUGUCUUCGCAAGCUGGGCAUACACCCUUUCCAGAACAGUGGCUUCAAUCACUGGAAAAUGGCCUAUAGUUUGUGUAGGUACCGCCGAGUUAUCACCGUGCAUCAGAUCUCUCCAGAAGAAAUGCACAGAAUCUGGAAUGACAUGUCAAGCAAGAAACAUCUCAGAUGUUAG